CAUUCACAGCGACUAGUAAACAACAGCUGUUGGCAUUCUCGAAUUUUAUUUUCUGUAUUCGCAUUUAGCUUUGGUCCAAAAUAUUGCAAAAACACGCCCACAAUGCAACAGAUCAGUUAGGAAGUUGUGAUGCACUAAAGGCAACAAGCAGAGGACUUCAGAAAGCACAACAACGAAAUGUCGCAGGCGGCAUCAACGACGCAAAGUGCAACCGCUGCACCGGUGGGCGGCAGCAGACGCAAUGAAGUGGGCGGCGUGGGCGUCAUCGGGACCACCAUGUCGGCUAGAUAUGGAGAAACGGAAUGGGAGGCUCGAGAGUCCCAGCGGCAGAGGGAACUGCACGAAGCUCGAGCACGGGCUGCGCAAAUGGAGAAAACCAUGAAGUGGUGGUCCGACUGCACUGCCAACUGGCGGGAGAAGUGGAGUAAGGUCCGCAACGAGCGGAAUAAGGCCAGAGAGGAGUCCAAGCAGCUGAGCCUCAAACUGGACGGCGCCAUGAAGGAAGCCCACUCCCUAAAGCGGGAGAAGAACGAUCUCGAGUUGCAGAUCACGCAGCUGAAGAAGGAAAUGGAGAAAGUGCACACGCUGAUGAUGAAGCACGCCGGGCAGUUUCAUCGGGCCGACACCAGCGAGGAUGCGGAGGCCAACGGACGGGAUGCCAACUGCUCGCCGGACAUCUCCUCGGAUGGCUUAAAGAAUAUCAAUAGCGAGGACGGCUUGGUUACCAAGCUGACCAAUGAUGUCAAGGAUCUAGACAUUGAGGAGUUCGCUAUGAAGGGGGCUAUGCCCAAGCAUCUGACCGAGUUGGAUGAAGCGGCGGCUGCCGAGGAGAAGCGCCUCAUUCAGCAAUUGUCCAAGGAUGACUUUGACGAGGACUACUUGCUGCAAAAAAUAUCCAUGCUCCAAUUGCGCCUCGACGAGGCUCAGAAAACUCUUCAAGCGGAAAGGGAUGAAAAGCAUGAGCUGCACAAGAGCAUUGAGAAACUGACGCUGGAGAUUCAGGAUGUGCGCGGACGUCAAGAGGAGAUGCGCUCGGCCAAGCAGGAGGCAGUGCGCGAACUCUUAACUCUUCAAGAGCAACACCGUGCUGAGAUGCGUAUAGUGAACAACUCGCUGCAGGAGGAGAUUGCCGCCCGUGAGAAUCUCGAGCGCCGCCUCACGGAGCUUCGCACUGAGCUGGAGCAUCUGCAGGCGGAGAACGCCUCCGAAUGGGGCAAGCGCGAGCGACUGGAGUCCGAGAAAUUGGCCAUGGAGCGGGACAACAAGAAACUGCGCGCAGAACUGCGAGACUACCAGGAACGGUCUGAUCGUAAGUGCCGACCCAUGCAAGCAAAUGACGUGGAGCUGCGAGCACUGCAGCAGGAACUUUCGGAGCGCAACAAGGAGAUCAGCGAGGUCAAGAUGUCGCACGCCAAGCUAAAGAAGUUGCUGGCCGAAACAAACACGGAGCUGGGACACGCCGUGCGCCGCGCCGAGCAGUACGAGGCGGAGGUGAAGCGUCUUCGCCAGCGCGUGGAGGAGCUGAAACGGGAGCUGGCUGGUGCUGAGGACGAACUGGAUUCGGCCGUUAACCAAGUGCGCCGCCUGCAGCGCUCCAACGAUGAGCUUGUGGGUCAGACGGAAGGGCUGCAGGUGCAGAUUCAGCACCUCCAGAAUAGACGUGCUCCGAGUCCCCAGCUGCGGGGAAUGGGCGGGGUGCAGCUGAGGAAUAAGAUUGCCGUGGAGCUGCCCAACGACUGUCUGCCAAACAUCAAUGAUCUUCGCCAGAUCUUCGAUGACUCGCAGGCAGGUUUGAGGAGCUCACACAAUGGCAGCGAUGCAGCUGUGCAUCAUGCUGCUUCCGUGAAGAGAUCUAGUCACACGGAACGGACGCUCCUGCAGCAACAGCAGAGUAGUGCUGCGGCAUCUGCAGCGGCGGCGGCUGCGGCAGCAGCUGCUUUUUUUGAUGCCAAGCCCACGCAUCUGGAGGAGAAUAUAUUUGAGUCAAAGUCGCGAAACCUGGAGUUCGAGCGGGCCAAGCAGAAAUUCGAUAAUCCUCACGGACAGCACCAUCAUCAUCACCAGAGACAGAGGUCCGGAAACGGACGUUAUGGGAGCGCAGGAAGCAAUGCCAGUCGAGCGAAUCUCGUGCUGCCCUUGAAGGGGACGACCAAUGGAGGCAGCAGCUCCGCUUCCAGUAAGGAUGAGCUCAAUCGGCAGCUGUACGAGAAGGAGCAGUCUGCAGGCGCAGGAUAUGCGAGAAACAGCAUUAAUCUAGACGGCCUCAAGGUGUCCGACGAUGAGACUCCGUAGCUAUGGUUCGACAAGCUUGCUGCUGGACGACGAGACGGAGGGUAACAGCGAUUAGGAUAACCACACAAAAGACAUUUGAGAGAAAGUAAUGGUAUUAACCUUAAGUAUUAAUUCGCAAGUACUUCAAUGUUGGUGGGACAACGGUUCCAAAUAAAAUCCGCAUUCCUAGUUUA